UCUGUCCAAUACAGAUUGAAAAAAUAUGUGAAGAUGGCUUCUGCUUCGGUACCACUACUGAUGGAUGACGAUACAAUCGGAUUUGGAGAGGAAGAGGAUGCCCAAAGUGGGAAACUCAAGCAUCCUUAUGUCACUUUUUUCCACCUGGCGUUCAGAACAACAGCAAUAGUAACCUACGUACUGUGCGGAAUGUUUUCCGACAGUUUUAUAGCAAGUUUUGUGGCAAUAAUUUUAUUGCUAUCCAUGGACUUCUGGACAGUGAAGAACAUCACUGGAAGAUUGAUGGUGGGGCUCAGAUGGUGGAAUUACGUAGACGAUAACGGCAAGAGCCACUGGGUCUUCGAGUCAAGAAAGGGUUCUCAGCAGAAUCGUAUAAACGCAUCAGAGUCAAGAAUUUUUUGGCUCGCUCUGAUCCUCUGUCCACUGUUCUGGAGUAUUUUCUUCAUUAUAGCACUGUUUGGACUCAAAUUCAAGUGGUUACUGCUUAUUAGCAUUGCUCUGAUACUGAAUGGCGCCAAUCUUUAUGGAUACGUUCAGUGUAAAAUGGGAAAAGACCAGAGUAUGUCAACAGCGACGAGUGACUUUUUGAAGAAACAAGUUAUGCAGAAUGUUAUGGCUUCGAUGAUGACUAAAAGCCCACCCACAACGACCGCCGGAGGACAACAGCCUAAUAUUAUUUAAUUAAUUUUGCCAUUUGUGUGAUACUCCUGUCAUGAGUGAUUAUUUAAUUUGAACAUUUUUUUGUACAUACUAUUUUUAAGUGUUUGCUUGUGUUAGUAUACGAGUUGUGUCCAUAUUUUCACUGAUUUGAUGAGUAAUUAUGUCGAAAGUACUGCAUCUCUGACGAUAUUUUGUUCAAGAGGAUGGAGGAGGACACUUCUUUUCCAAAUAAAUGAUAAACGAUCAAAAUUUA